AUGGCGUCGGAUCACGAGAUUCCGCUCCUCCCGUCCCCAUCAUCCCGCCUCUCCCCGUCCUCUCGCGCGCCUCCCACGAACGUCGCGGGAGACUCAAGCCGAAAUUCCCGCUUCCGCCGGCUCACCGCGUGGGUGUCGUUUACCAUAGCAGCCGCGCUGCUCCUUCUCUUGCUCGAGCUCGAAAUCCUUCCCCUGCCUUCGUACCGCUCGCAUUCGUACACGUCAGAGUCUGACGUGGCUCAUUCUCCGCCACUCGAACCCUCAGAGCCGCGCAAUCUAGAAUCAGAAUUAGCUUCAUUGGCGAAUGCGUAUGGAAGUGGUUUCGUUCGUUCCGAACGUUUUCGUGAUGGGGAGAGUGCUUCUAGCGAAAGCGAGAAGAGCGCGGAGGAAUGGCGCAAGCGAGUUGCGCAGCUCCCCCGACUGCGCGCGGAGCAGAGGCGCGUGCGCAAGGCGCAACGGCACGGGGGGAAAGCUUUUGAGUCGACUCAAAUGCACGGGGGGAAACCGCCUGGCGAUGGCGCCGGGGGGAGCGGAGGGGGAGGCGUGGGGUUGCGCCUGUGGCCCAUGCCGGCGGAAAUAGCGGCGGAAGGAAGCGGAGAGGUUGUAGUCAGCCCGAACCUGAGGCUCGACAUUAGCUUCGGCGGAGUGCCGAGCCUGGUAGACGGGAGAAGGAGGAAGGCGAAUGCAGAGGUGCUGCGGCGCGCGUUCGAGCGGUACCUUGGAAUCAUCUUCGCGCAUGACUACUCGCGGCGGCGCGGCGGGCAGAGCCAUGGCGGCUCGGAGAGGCGGCGGCUGAGGGGAAGAAACGCGGCGGAAGGGGGAUGGACGGCGGAAGCGGAAGGAGAAGAGACUGGAUUGAAAGGGGCGGAAACGGGGGUAGCAGAGAGUGUAGCGAAGGGGGAGGGAGAAGAAUUGGAGGAGGGAGAGAAGGGGGUAGAGGUGAUGGAGUGGCUGCACAUGGGAGUGGACGAGAGCUACGAGCUGUCACUCCCGCUUGCACCGCCACCACCACAUGAUGCUUCUCAUGCUGCGCAUGCUGCACGUGACUCUGAUGAUGCUGAUGCUGGCAACACACAUGCACGCCACGGCCAUGCCACCAUUUGGGCCAACACGACCACAGGAGCAUUGCGAGCGCUUGAGACCCUCUCACAACUGUGCGUCUUUGACUUUCUCGCUCGCGUGGUCACCAUCCGGGGCUCGCCCCUUCUCAUCCGCGAUGCUCCUCGCUUCCAGCACCGCGGGUUGCUCAUAGACACAGCGAGGCACUUCCUGCCAGUGGUGGUGAUGGAGAGGGUUAUCGACUCCAUGGCGUAUGCCAAGCUCAACGUGCUGCACUGGCACAUGGUGGACUCACAGUCCUUCCCCAUCGAGACGCCCUCCUUCCCUCGCCUCUGGCUCGGAGCCUUCUCUCUUUCUGAGCGCUACACCACUGACGACAUGCGUUAUAUCGUGCAAUACGCAGAGGACAGAGGCGUGAUGGUGGUGCCUGAACUCGACUCCCCCGCACACGCAGCCUCAUGGGGAGUGGGCUAUCCAUCGCUCCUGCCAUCUGCUGCCUGCCCCGAGCCUCUCGAUGUCUUCAACCCCCUCACCUUCCAACUCAUCAAAGGGGUGCUGCAAGACCUCCGAGCAGUCUUCAAGAGCUCUUACAUUCACCUGGGGGGCGACGAAGUCAGCUUUGAGUGUUGGAAAUCAUCCCCCACCAUAAUUGCAUGGCUGCAGCAGCGCAACCUGACAGCAGAGGGAGGCUAUGGGUACUUUGUGCGGCGAGUGCAGGCAUUGGCCGUGGAGGCUGGGUGGCAGACCGCUGUCGUGUGGGAGGAGCCGUUCAAGGUGUUUGGGGCAGACCUGGAUCCUGCCACCACCAUCGUGCAGAACUGGUUUGACACGACUCUGCCGCCCGCAAUCGUGCAGUCUGGAUUCCGCAUGUUCUUCAGCAAUCUCAACCUCGGCUGGUACCUUGACUUUGUUGACCGCACGUGGAGUGAGGUGUAUUCUCAGGAGCCGACAGCAGGGGUGCCAGAGGCGCUACAGCAUCUGGUGGUGGGCGGCGAGACGUGCAUGUGGGGGGAGCGGGUCGACCCGUCUGACCUGCUCAACACUGUGUGGCCGCGCGCUGCCGCUGCUGCUGGCGUGCACGCGCCUGCACAUGUUCCGCUGCCUGCUCACAUCCCUCCUUUCCUCCCAUCCCUCUCUGUUCCCAUCUCACUCUCUGUCUACUCAGAGCGCCUCUGGUCCCCCCAGGCAUACGUGGACCCACACCUCUCUCAAGCCCACACGCGCCUGCACAUGUUUCGCUGCCUGCUCACAUCCUCCUUUCCCCCUGUUUCUCUCUCUCCCCACUCAGAGCGCCUCUGGUCCCCCCGGGCGUACACUGACUCGCGUCUCUCUCAGGCCCACACGCGCCUGCACAUGUUCCGCUGCCUGCUCACAUCUCGCGGCAUAGAGGCAGCUCCGGUGGACAAUGCCCAUGUGCGCUCCGAGGCCCCCAUGCCUGGCAGCUGCUAUCGCCAAUAA